CUCUAGUGUGACCAUCUGUGCAUGUGAGAAAGACUGGAAGCUUCUGUUUCUCAAUCGUGGGCUCUUUGUGGCAUACAAAACACCAACUGGACGGUGGUAGAUCUUCAUCAAAAACGGUCAAAGAAUCAGAGAAGGACAGGAAUUGUAGACUGCAACAGUUAAGGAUUCUGAGAAAACAACUGGUAAUGUGCGUAAACAAGAACCAAGCUGGGGAUCUCUGAUAAAACAGUUUUAAACCUGCAGUCGAUAAAACUGAUCAAAAGGAAUAGGUUUUUCUCAUCACCAUGGGCUGCUCUCCCUCUAAAGGUCAACUCUUCAGUAAAAAAGCUUUAUUGUCUGAAUCACCAGAAAACAAGAAGAAUGCAGACCUGCUUUCUGAUGGGACACAGCUUCUUAUCAAAGCAGAGAUUAGCACAGCUUCAGAAGGACUAGCGGCAACAGAGAUACAAGAAAAUGAAAAAUAUGUACACGGUAAGAGAUCAUCAGUAGUUGAUGUAGUUUGUGAUGCCACUGUGACAGUCAAAGAAGAUGCUACUGAGACGACGCUAGAUAUGGUUCACUCUCAGGAUGGACAAAGUGCACAAGAGGGUCUCUCAGAAAACCAGAAAGGAGGAACUGAGGAGACAAAUAUUAAACAAGGAAAGCGGAGGAAGCAAAGAAAAUAUAGACUGAGAAAAAAUUCCUACAUGCAGUCAAAAGCAGAGUUCAUACUGAAAGCCCACCAGGCAGCCUAUGCGUACCUGAACCCCAGCAUAUCAAAAUAUGAAUCUCUUUUAGGGCUCUUGAGCCAGGCUGCUCAGACCCAUCUCUCUGUACAGACCACAGUAGCAUCAGUAGUCUUGCACUAUGAAGAGAUCAACCAGGCUUUGGAGGAAAUGGCCUCUGAGGGUGAGCAGCUGCUGAGGGAACACGGACACAACAUGACAUGGCCCGCUUCACUUAAAGACUAUCCACCUACAACAACCAAACCCAGCAACGAACUAAACCUCUCCCAGCUUCCUUCUGAACUGCUGCAGCAUAUGCUUCUUCACUCCACAGCUAAAAUGAUCUCUGUGGGAGACUCUGUGAAGUGCCUGAGUGACUCAGCCUUACAGGAACUAUCUGAGUACUAUGGGUCUCUGUCUCAGACAUUAGGAGAGAAGCUGCUGGCUAAGCAUAAGGCCGAGGAGCGCUUGAAGCAUAUCUUGUCCCGUGUGGAAGCUGCUGCCCUCAGGAAAACAAGUCCAGAAGAUUCUGCUCUUCACAGUGAGGACAGCGGCAUAGGAGCAGACAACGAGUGUCAGAAUGGAUCGGAGCGUCUCCGUCGAAACAGAGGGAUCUCUGGGUCAGGAGCAAAUACUGGGAUAACAUCUCUCUUGACCAGCUCUUCAGAUCAGCCGUUCCUUAAUGCCAACGAGGAGGUUUCAGAUAAUGAUGAUGAUGAUGAUGAUGAUUAUGAGGAGGAGGAAGCAGAUCUUGAAAAUGAAGUCAGUGGUAAAGAUGAGCAGGGUGGGCUGACCGACCAGACGAGGGGAACAAUGUGUGGGUCUUCUGAACCAGAGUCCACCCAUCCUUCAGUUCAGGGUAGUCUGCAAAAGCAAGACCAAGUCAAGAUGGAUAACUUAAAAAGAAAACCCAGACGGCCCAAAACUGCAGACAAUACCUUUCAGGCGAAACUAAAGUACCGCCAUUUGAGGGGACCAAAGCGCUCACAAUCUGCCGAGUGUUUGUGUACCAAAGCAGAAGGAUCAGAUCCUAACCUGCAACUAGGAAACCCGAGGAACAAGCAAACACCUCGCUGGAGGAGAAAAAAUAACUUGUCAGAAGAAAGUGUACAUGGGGAUCAUGUUUGGACAAAGAUUAGAAGAAGUGCAUCAGGAGGACAGUGCACAGCCAGGUACUAUGGGCUCCAGUAUGGCAGCAAAGGGCCUUUCAGGGAAAUAUCUUCUAGCUCUCCUCCAAUGUUUACCCCAGAACCACCUGGGAGAAAUGCUGUCAAGAGGCUUAUUAAUACUUUUAACCACGGGGUGGAGGACAAUUCAAGACAAAGUCCUUUACACCAAAAACCAAUAAGAGUAAGGGGCAACAAGAAAUGCUCUCUCCCACUGCUACAGAACAGCAGAGGAGCUCUCACCACCAGCAGGAAUAUCAAGAGUAGCAUCCAUCCGCUUGAGCCCAGACCUGAGCAACUGGACAUAGACAGCCUCCCCCCUCCACCCCCAGAGAUGCUCAUGGACAGCUCAUAUGAAAGCAGUUUAGGGUUGCCCACUGAGGAGGGAGCUCACGAUGAGCAGUGCAGAGGACAAAGACUCCGCACUUCAACACAAAGAGAGACUGUGCUCUCCAGCCGGACAAGCAGACAGCGAGGCUCCAUGAGCUUCUCAACGACUCAGCCUGUGAGGCAAGAUUCUCUGCCGGGCAUUGAACAAGAAUACAAAAAAGUGACUGAACUGGAUUCUGAAAGAGAAGAAGCACACACCCUUGACCAGAAAUUUAGAAAAGUUGUUCAUUUGCCCGCUGAUACUUCAGCCAAAACAGUCCCGGCUAAUACAGGUUUGAACGGUUCCAUGCCUUAUCAAGAAUGUGAAAACCACAAUGAGGGCGAGACUGCAAGUCUGCAACCAAAAACAUUUCCUCCAACAACUCCACCUGUCUCGAGGGCACGGCUUCCACCCUCCUGCCCCACUGUGUGCCACGCAGUGCCCAGUCCUCCAUCCACAGCCUGCCCCCCGAGUGUGAAGUGGACUCCAUCCACAACUUCUGCCACCUCCAGGAUACACAGAUGUGCGAUGGCUGAAGAAAACAGCCUCCACGGUUCUGGGACACAAUCGUUUAGUGAAGCUCGGGCAGUGUUCUGUCAGGAGAGCAAAUCACUCCCUCACACACUGACACAUUCAUGUACGUCUACAUUACCUCGGCCAUGGGGAGAACCUGCCAGAGGAAGAAUGAUAACUACUCGUCUUCAACCUUCCUUUAUGGGAAGCAGUCCAUCAGGUCAAAGGUCAUCCCAUGGUGAGCAGCCACAGUCACUGCCUAAUGCCAAACAACAACAGGGCCAGGGCGAUGAUGUCACACCUUUGACCAGUGAGGGAGCCACCACGGCGUCCAUGAGAGCAGACCCCGAGCCGUCCACUGAUGAUCUGAUCUGAACACACACAUCCAGAUUAGCUGGAUUAAGGCCUUUUCUGUCCCCUGAGAGCUCUAACAUGGAUAUACAUGGGCACAUUUCCAAUAAAUAUAAACCCCAUGAUGCUUAAAAGAGCUUAGAAGUUUAAAAAAAACCACCUGCCUGUGUCUAUCUGUUACUGUGUGUCAAUCUGUUUACUUAAUCUGUUAUUUAAACUCAUGUUUACUCUUCUAUUUGUAGCAUGAUCUUCUUUUGGUUAUAAUACUUAACAAAGGAAUAUUAGUUCAGUCACAUUCUCUCUUUGUAUCCUGUAAUCAGUUCAUCCUGUCAUACUCUUAUCCUCCUUUAACAGGAGCCUGUUACUCUUACUACUUGUUAGACAUAUUUAAUCACCAAUACUUAAAAUAUUAUUUCACACACAUACAUAUAUUUUCACACACGUCGAAUAUAAACACUUAAGCCAGUUUUGUGAAUUUAGGGUCAGAACAGUGAUUCUGGAUUCAUUUCAUUAGGGCGGAUGAACCCUUCAGAUUUCUGCAUCAAUUGAUUUAAAAAAUGUGAUCUGAUACUAAAGAUAAUUCAGUCUCAAACACACACUUUUGCACAGUUUGAUCUGCCCUGUCAUGAAAUAAAAGCACAAUGUACCAGCUGCUGGUCAGAGAUUUCAGAGAUGAGUUAUUAAAGGAGAAGCUGAACAUGAAA